CAUAAACGCAGUGAAUAUUCAAAUCGCAGCAAAUUUCCACAAAUUUUCGUUAAAUUAUGGCUGAUUUUAAAGUGGUAACGGCGGAUUAUGUGAAGGUACAAAUCUCCACCUCCAAGAAUGAUUUAGGCGAUGUUGAAAAGAGGUUUCCCAAAGAUAUAACAAUUUUACAAUUAAAGGAAAAACUGGAGCUUAUGACUGGCGGCAGUUGCAGCACAAUGCAACUACAAGCGUUUAACAAAGAUAACCAACUCGUAUGUAACCUCACAAAUGAUGAGGCUUUAUUGGGUUCAUACCCCAUAGACGAUGGUAUGCGUAUACAUGUUGUAGACAGCUUUCUUAUAAGAAACGAGCUGGAUUUUGGAGACGUCGAAAAACUGGAGAUAUCCGACGAACAGUACAGCCAAAAGUCAAACACAGUAAGAGCAUUUUUAAUGAGGAACAAAAUGGGGAAGUACAACGAGGAAAAUCAGAGCAAAAAAGAACAACAAAUACAGGAGGAACAAGAUUUAGCGGAUAAAAUUACAGUUGGCAGUAGGUGUAAGGUUACCGUAUCCUCUGCACCUACCCGGUUGGGUACUGUAAUGUACUCUGGGUUUGUUGACGAGUUAAAUGGGCAUUUUGUUGGGGUUAAGUAUGAUGAACCACUUGGGAAGCACAAUGGAAGUAUAAAAGGAAAACAGUAUUUUAACUGUGAAGAUAAAUAUGGAGGAUUUGUGAAGCCACAAAAUGUAAUUUGUGGUGAGUUCCCUGAACAAGAUUAUGAUUUGAAUGAAGAAAUAUAAUCUCUACUUAGUUUUACUGCUUUAAUUAAUUUUUAUAAUGUGAUGCUAAUUUUAAAUAACUUGGUAUUAUCUUAAGGCUUUAUUUAUAAAAUUUG